AUGGCCAUGGCCACAAAGACCACCGCAACAUUCUUUGUCUGCAUUCUCUGCAUGCUCAUCUCCCUGCCGCCGGCCUACGCCUCCCAAUCCACCUGCCCUCCGCCCUACCCUCCCUACGGCCACCGCCCCUCCCCUCCCAAGCACCGCCCUCACCCACCGUCCCCGCCCAAGCACCACCACCCCAUAGUCAAACCUCCGCCGAGAGUCAACCCUCCCAUCAUCGUGCCGCCGAUAAUCCUCCCGCCGCCCGUCCUUCCGCCGCCGGUCACAAGACCCCCACCGUCUUACCCGCCGUACACACCUCCCGGCGGAGGCGGAGGAGGAGGCGGCGGUGGCGGCGGUGGUGGAGGCGGAGGCGGAGGCGGCGGCGGCCGGCCGGUCCCCGGACCGCCGCCGGCAGCCACGUGCCCGAUCGACGCCCUGAAGCUGGGGCUGUGCCUGGAUGUGCUCGGUGGGCUGAUACACGUCGGAAUAGGGAAUCCGGUGGAGAACAUAUGCUGUCCGGUGCUGCAAGGCCUGCUCGAGCUCGAGGCGGCGCUUUGCCUCUGCACCACAAUAAGGCUUAAGCUUCUAAAUCUCAAUAUUUUCCUGCCGCUGGCACUGUCCGUGCUGGCCACCUGCGGGCUGACGCCGCCGCCAGGAUUUGUCUGCCCGCCGCUCUAA